CAUCGAGUAAUUCAGUUUCCAUGGUCUCCGUUGGGCAGUAAUCACAAGAAUUUUUCUUCUCCGAAGUACCAACGAAUAUUGAUACAUACGCAUAAUUUAUUCACGUUCGACGAUAUUUGACUUUUUUUUUUUAUUAUUUGUGUUAUGUACUGAAGUAUAUCUGUAUACAUACGUGAAAAAUGUCGAUUACGUCGCCUUCGGUUGAAUUGAGCUCCUACCGCGAUCAACAUUUUAAGGGUUCUCGUGCAGAACAAGAUAGACUUUUGCGAAAUUCGACGACUCUCUACAUCGGGAAUCUUUCAUUCUACACAACAGAAGAACAAAUCUACGAAUUGUUCUCGAAAUGCGGUGACAUCAAAAGAAUCAUCAUGGGAUUAGACAAGUACAAGAAAACUCCUUGCGGUUUUUGUUUUGUCGAGUACUAUCAGAGAGCGGAUGGAGAAAAUUGUAUGCGUUACGUCAAUGGUACACGUCUUGACGAUAGAAUAAUCAGAACCGAUUGGGACGCUGGAUUCAUCGAGGGCAGACAAUAUGGACGUGGAAAAACUGGCGGUCAAGUGAGAGACGAAUACAGAUCCGAUUUUGACAGUGGUCGGGGUGGAUAUGGAAAGAUAAUACAGCAAAAAGUGGCACCGCUCGACAGCAGUGCUUUUUCUAUGUGAAUAUGCUAACGGUUCAUUCGAAUUUAAUUUAAAUGACUUGAAUUGUGGGUUAGAACAGAAUUGAUCUUGAUUCAAACCUCCAGCCAUUCAACUCACUUCUAUCUAUCAUGGUUUCGUUCGUUGUACAGGAGUUGUGCGUUAAACUCUCCCUAUUCAUUAAGGCAUAUUACGACUUAUCGAAAUACGUUUAUUACUCGUAUCGGGAAUAAAUUUCCAUUGGUUCGUUUGAAUCAUUUACUAUCAUUGAAUAUAUACAUUGAUAUUUUCAAACAGUACAAUAAUUCCAUAAAUCUUGUGUUUUAUACGAAGCGGUGCGGGAUAAAUGACUGAUUAAAAAAAACAAUAAAGAAAUUCGAAAAAAUGGAUGCACGAGAGAUCCAAAACGUGCAAAAUUGACCGCACGGAUUUCGUAUCUACAAAUGAUUUGUAACACACCGCGCAUUGUUCGUAUAUUAUAAAAACAACAAAACAUUCGUUCGAAAUAAACUAAGUAAAAAAAUCCAA